CCUCCCAGCAGUAAGUCGACUCCCAUUAGCCGCAGCCCACCGUGUGGACCAGCACAAGACCAGACCUCCUCUCAGACCUCCAUCCAGGACACAUUACGGAGGACUGGGACGGGUUUGUUUCAGUUUCAGGUCCUCACGGUAGAAGUACGCAUCGGUUCUCUGGGUGAACCACCGGGCAUGUGUCGUUCGUAGCGGUUACUCUGAAUACACGACCUGCGGUUCUCUCCCCAAGUUCUGGUCCUUCGUGAGACUCUUCCCAUCAUGGCUCGGAGAUCGUGUGCUAUCUACGCGACGGGGAUCGUGUCCGCUCAUCUGCUGGUGGUGGGGAUCGUUCUUCUCGUGGCUCAAGUCUUCCAGACCAUGAUCCACAGCCGGCUCAAGAAGGAGAUCACGCUGACGGAGAAGAGUCAGAUGUUCGAGUCGUGGAAGAACCCCCCUCCUCCGGUCUACAUGGAGUACUACUUCUUCAACGUCACCAACCCAGAGGUCUUCCUCAACGGGGGGAAGGCUGCCCUCAAACAGAUCGGACCCUACACCUACAGGGAGUACCGACCCAGGGAGAACGUGACCUUCCUGGAGAACGGUACCAAGCUGUUCGCCCUGAACCCCAAGAGCUUCGUCUUUGUUCCUGAGAAGUCUUGCGGGGACCCCGAGGUGGACCUGCUCAGGACCAUCAACAUCCCCUUCGUGGCGGUGACCAACGAGCUGAACCAGUACCCCUUCCUGCUGCGCUCGCUGGUCUCCAUGUUCAUGAACUCGGUGGGCAUCGAGCUCUUCAUGACGCGCACCGUCCACGAGAUCCUCUGGGGGUUCAAGGACCCCCUGCUGUCCCGCAUCCACGCCAUGCGGCCAGAGGUGGACGACACCUUCGGCCUCAUGUGGAAGAAAAAUGGAACCCAUGAAGGGGAGUUUGUGUUCUACACCGGAGAGCAGAACUACAUGGACUACGGGAAGAUCGACACCUGGAACGGCCUGAGGGAGAUGUCGUGGUGGUCGUCCAAUCAGAGCAACAUGAUCAACGGAACGGACGGCGCUGUCUUCCACCCGCUGAUCAACCGGAACGAGCUGCUUUACAUCUUUGCUGCAGACCUCUGCAGGUCCAUCCACCUGGGCUACGUGAAGGACGUGGAGGUGAAGGGCAUCCAGGCCUUCCGCUUCGCACCGCCCGCCGACGUCCUGAUGAACCCCACGGACAACCCGGCCAACCAGGGCUUCUGCGUCCCGGCCGGGGACUGCCUGGGCACCGGGGUGCUGAAGGUCAGCGUCUGUCGAGAAGGCGCCCCCAUCGUGGUCUCCUUCCCGCACUUCUACCAGGCGGACCCCAAGUACAUCAACGCUGUGGAGGGCAUGACCCCCAACAAGGAGGACCACGAGACCUACCUCGACCUGCAGCCGACCAGCGGAGUGCCUAUCCGGGCGUGCAAGAGAGCGCAGCUCAACAUCAUCGUGAAGAGGGUCAAAGGUUUCCCAAAAACUAAAUUAAUCCACGAAACCAUUUUCCCCAUCAUGUUCGUCAAUGAGACGGCAACCAUCGACGACGACUCUGCGUCUCAGAUGCGGACGCUGCUCCUCAUCGUCACGCUGGUCUCCAACUUCCCGCUCCUCAUCAUCGCCAUGGGCCUCAUCCUGCUGCUGGUCCUCGUCGUCCUCUUCUGCAGGAACCGCCAGAGAAAGAAUGAAGUAAAGCGUAUUGAUUUUAAUGAAGCUUUUCAUUCUUUUGCUACGACCAAGGACGACCAGGCCUACACGCAGGUCAGCGACAAGCCUGAGGAGCCCUCAGAACCCCCCCACAGCAGCCAGCCCCCCCGCAACGGAUCCUACAUCGCCAUGUCUCCUGUGGAGGCGCAGAAGUGCUGAUGUCCCGGGAAGGCCACCGCUGGGGGGGGGGGGGGGGGUCCUAGACUAGUCUGAUGAGGGAGGGGCUAUGGGGGGGGGCUAUGCCUCUCAGUGUCCCCCCCCCCCCCCCCCCCCCCUGGGAUGCCUCUGCCUUACCUGCUGAGAACGGCCUUCUGUCGGACAUCACCAUUCAACCCCCCCCCCCCCCCCCUGGGGGCUCCCCGUGGGGUGGGGGGGGAGGACUCGUCUGGGCCACAUGAGCCGGUUCCAACGGGCAGUAUUCUAACGGACGGACUGCUCCCUCUGUCUCCGCCUCCCCCGCUGUCUCCCCCUCUCUCCCCCAUCCUUCAUCUUUCAAGGGCAAGCCCGCUAAACUAGAAGGAGGGGCUUCAAGCCCCCGCACUGCUCACAGGACCCCUGGGUGACCCCUAAUGUGGACCAUAUCAUUUCACUCACUCUAGAGGAAGACGGUCUGGCCUAUGCAGACAUUUCCCCCCAAACAGAUAUUUCACUCGUCCUUCAGUGUGGGCUUCCUUCCAUUUCACUUCUCCAGAACACUCGUGUAAAGUCGAAUCAUUUCAAAUUGUAACGGGCAGAACACUCAGAAGACCUACAAGGGAGACCAGAGUCUCUCUGCCUUACGUCUCCGUGUGGUCCUACCGGUCAGCUGGAACAGCUGCUGUCUAGUUUUUGUAUUGUACAUAUGUGAGGGGACGGCGGGCCGAACCAGGCGAGUGCAGGUCCCCCGUUUCCUUUAGAGUUGUUCCUCUGUUCCAGAGAAAGCACAAUUGGGUUAAAGAGGGGCUUCUAAAAAGAGAAGGACGAGGGCCCUCCAGCUGGGGCUAGCAGGCCGCUAGCAGACCGCUAGCAGGUCGCUAGCAGGCCGCUAGCAGGCCGCUAGCCGGCCGCUAGCCGACCGCUAGCCGACCGCUAGCCGACCGCUAGCCGACCGCUAGCCGACCGCUAGCUGACCGCUAGCGGGCCGAUAGCUAACUUGAAGUUCGCGUCUGGCGCGGGUCUUUGUGUAAACCAUGUGUCAAAAGAAAAAAAGAAAAGCCUAUGGCGGAUUUCUACAAAGUGGAUCUCAGACCGUGACACUGUCGACUCGGAAAAUUGUGAUUCUGUGCACUUUUGUUUUUUUCAUAAUUGUGUUCCUGUUCCCCCCCCCCACCCCAGUCAAUUCAGUUCAACGAGUCCUCCAGUUUAUUUCAGAAUGUCGGCCGGGGCCCAGGCUCUCUCUCGGCCUCUGUUACUUUAUAUUGUGUGUUUAUUGCUGCUAAUAAUUGCCAUAACAUGUGGGCGUACCUGGCGGUAUUAUCCAUAAUGUGCUCCUUCUCCCGAUGGAGGUUGUCCCACUCGGAGCGCGAGCUGUUCCCGAAUCGGAAUGCUGUCGGUGGCUUAACCCUUGACAUCUGGGAAAUAUCCGAGCACGGGAUUGAGUCCAAAAGCUUUCCGCCAUUUAUCUCAGCUAGCGGUUAACAUUAGCUAACAACGUAUUUCUAAUCCUGCAGUAUGUCCAUACUCGUAAUAAUGGGACUACCAGGCGAUAAUCCAAUCAUGAACGGUCACUUGGCUUCAUGAUGUGAACAAGUGUCCUGGUGUUAGGAGGACAGAGUCCUGGGUCGCUUGCGUUUCUCCAACCAGGGAACCCCCUCUUAGUGUUAAACGCCCCCUAGUGGUAGAACCGCCCCCUGCAUCCACUCAUGGCCUUGGCCCCCGGCGGCCAUCCUGGUGACUUUCAUACGGACCUUAUCCCGGGACCUCUGCGUGUCUUCGCCUGGGACGCUGGCGCCCGCCUGCGCGCGUGUGUUUACGAGAACUGUUGGCGUUUGAACGCGCACACACGCGCAGGGCGCGCGUGCGCCCACCCCUGAGCCAUCCCUCCUCCAUGUGACCUCAUCUCCUCUACGCUUCAGAGUCCCCUCGUCGCUCAGCCCGGUGGUUCCUUCUGUGCUCGACCAAAGAAAACCGGGAGAUGAACCCCACCCCGCUGUUCAUGCUCCUCGCUAGCGCCACGAGGCCGCCGCCGCGCCGCGCUAACUUUAGCGCUAACGUGUGCCAACACCAGUGAAGUAUUGUGGACAUUACAAGUGUGGGUUCCCUGGGGUACACCUUCUUUUGUCGUGUUCUCCGGUGGGAGGGAAGAGGUUUGACUGACAUCGUGCCAGCGGCCGAACGGUCUUAGUGUUACGGAGGAAGCAAUACGUUACGUUCUGUUUUUAUCCACCACCCAAAAGUUCAGUAUCUUGAUUUAUGUCCAGGGUUAGGGUUAGGGUCAGGAUCAUUUCAUCUUCAGUACAGUCGAGUCGGUUUGUAUUCUAUAACUGGGAUCAAAGCACAUUUCAGGGUUGUUGUAUUUUAUUUUUUAUUUUUUAAUUUUGCUUUAAGAUUUGUAGUUGGGUUGAAGCUUGAAUGAAGAGCUUCAGUCGGUGAGAGAAUGUUCUGGGCGGUCAGAAAACGGUUUGUGUGUGUGUUGAUGAUUCUCGUGAAAUAGCGGAGCACUGUUCGUUUUUAAACCAAGUGGAGCCAAUUGAAGGAAGGCUGAUAUCUAUAGAUGGAGGCCCUUAUCCUAUGGAUCUAGGCUGACAUCUUUUGGAUGUUCUAGGCUGAUAUCUUAUGUGUUAAGCAGGCUAAUGAAGGCCUUGUUGUUGGGUUAUUAAGAAGCCAAACGCGCAGUCUGACCCGUAGAGACGAAUGACGCCCGGUUCAGUGACAAACGCUAGUGCCACGCCAUCAUGUUUGAUGCUUCUGAUCUCCGUCAGACACAACUUAUAAACCAACUAACUCAACGUUACUUUGUUGACAUACUAAUUUCCUUGAUUAUUUUUAUGAUUUUGUUUAUUUUUUUGCUGCUGAAAUGACAAUCCCUUGUCAUGCUAGGGGCAAAAUGGUUUCAAAAUAAUAUCAAUUUUUAGUUUUGAUAAUAUACACUGCACAGAUGUUUCUACCGUGCUUUUGUAAACAUUUCUAGUGUAUUUGCAAAAAAGUUGCAAUAAAUGCAAUGUAUUCA